ACCUUUCUUAUAACUUUGAACAACUUUUUGAAAGUGGAAAUAAUUAUGAUGUUUUAAUUCAAGCCGGAGAAAGUCCCGAAAUCCAAGAAUUUCGAGCACAUUCAAUUAUUUUAAGCACCAGAUCGCCAUAUUUUCGAGCAGCUUUAUCAAAUAAUUGGGCAAGAAAACAAGAUGGAAUAAUAAUUUUUAAGAAAUCGAAUAUUUGCCCUAAUAUAUUUAAGCUAUUAUUAAAGCAAGUAUUUAUUCAAAUUCUAACUUUUUAA